AUGCAAAUACAGAACAGAUUUGCUGCUCUCUGUUAUCAUUUUAUUUUGUUGCAAAGAGUAAGAGUUUGCACUGUUAUUAUGUUAUCUCAUAGUUUCCCACGGCAAUUCAACAGGAAGCGUUUAUUUGGCAUGAUGAAUGAUUUGCCAACCGUGUAUGAAGUCAUCUCAGGUAUGAGACAAUCGAAGGAGAGGGACAGAUCGGGUGGUAUUGACAACAGCGGUAGAAACAAGCUGCCAUCAAAGCAUACAGUCGAGGCGCCGCCACCACCACGUACAGAAAAUAACGCCAGGGAUGCCGAUGAAGGCUACGAUGAAGAUGACGGCGACCACAGCGAGACCUUAUGCGGAACAUGCGGUGGCAUAUACAGCGCCGAGGAAUUCUGGAUUGGGUGCGAUGUGUGCGAGAGGUGGUACCAUGGCAAGUGCGUGAAGAUAACUCCGGCGAAGGCGGAGAGCAUAAAGCAGUACAAAUGCCCAAGCUGCAGCUCCAAGAGACCUAGGCAGUAG